AUGAAGACAAUAACAAUUUCUGUUGGGCUUUGUGGAGAUUCAGGUGUUGGUAAAACAGGAAUUUUCAAACGAUAUAUUACUGGACAAUAUACAGGAACAGAAAAAGCAUCUGUAUCUUGUGAUGUCAGUUGUAAAAAAUUGAAUAUUGAAGGAGAAGCAUAUAAUUUACAAUUAUGGGAUACUGCUGGACAGGAAGUGUUUAGAUCAAUUACUGCAUCAUAUUUUAGAAAUAGACAUGUUAUGUGUUUUUGUUUUGAUAUUACUAAAAAGGCAUCAUUUUCUUCUAUCUCAGGAUGGCUUAGAGAAUUUCAACAAAACAAAAAUUCUAGUUUUAAUACUAAACUUAUUCUUGUUGGUUGUAAAUCAGAUUUAGAAGGAAAUAGACAAAUUACAACUAGUGAAGCUGAACAAUUUGCUCAAGAAAAUAAAAUGUCUUAUUAUGAAUGUUCAGCUAAAACUAAUAUUGGUAUUGAUCAAUUGUUUAAUCAUGCUAUUUCAUUAGUUAGAAAUGGUGAAAUACCACUGGACCAACUCUCAACAAGAAGAAAUACUGUUGCAAAUACUAUUAAUGAAAAUCAACCAAGAUCUACUGUAAACAAUAUUACACGUACUGCAUUUUAUCAAAAACCAUCUCAAUCACAACAACUUGAUACUUCUCAAUCAGUUAAUUUAAAUCAACCACCAACAUCUCAGUCUCAAUUCUCAUCAUGUUGUUAA